GAAAGGGGUUGUUGAUUGAAGGUAAACACAAAAACAACUGUGUUGAUGAGAAACCCUCUGUUGCAGAUGAAAACUGAGACUGAUGCAGAAAAUGAGUUUGACCAAUCAGAAGAGGACUGGGACGAGGAUGUGGCUAAACAGGACAUGAGUGAACAAAGCCUUCUGAAAUACAAUAACGAUCCUACAGGCGCAGAAGGUGAUCCUGAUGAGAUGUUUACGGCAAUAAAGGAAGGCAAUGAGGAAAUCUUGACAAGGCUGGCUAAGCAACCAGGAGCCAUGUCCAUCGUAGAUGACAGAGGAUGGAUUCCACUGCAUGAAGCUGCAGUCCAGGAAUUUAAAAGUAUACUAGAGAUAGUAUUUUCAGCUUCCCCCCAGGGUGCAGAGCAGUGUCGGACUCUGAAGGGAGAAACGCCUCUGUUCCUGGCUGUAGUGUGCGGUCUUAGGGACAAUGCCACAUUCCUGCUACAGAACGGAAGCUGUCCAGACCUCCAGAACGAUGAUUUGGAAUCUCCUCUCGUGGCAGCUAUUGUAAAUGACCAAUAUGACUGUGCCUCACUCCUGCUUCGCUACCAUGCCAAGGUGGACCAAACAGGAGAUCUGGAGCGUACUGCCCUUCAUGAGGCCUCCCUCCUGGGUCUGGAGAAUUUUGUUCACCUGCUCUUACAGGCCGGAGCCGACCCGAAUGCAUAUGACAUUGACCAGAUGACCCCCUUGGCACUGGCUGCAGAGACGGGCCACCUGAAUGUGGUGGAGGUGCUGCUACAGAAAGGGGCCAAAGUUCAGCCUAAGACAGAGGGCUCCUUGCUGUUUGAGGCAGUUGCGUCAGGAAAUCCUGACAUCACCUGUCAGAUGCUGGCCUACGGGGCAGACCCCAACGUGCCCAACCACAAUGAGUACCUACCCAUCCACUGUGCAGCGUAUCAUGGACACCUGUUGGUGUUGGAGCAGUUGAUCUCAGUGACAACAAUGGAGGCUGUAAAGAAGAGUGGUAUGAGCCCUCUCCACUCUGCAGCAGCCGGGGGACAGACCCAGUGCCUGGAAGUCCUUCUAGAUGCAGGCUACGACCCCAACUUUAUGUUGCACCCACGGGUGCGAAGUAAAUACGAUGACGACCGCAGAUCGGCUCUUUACUUCGCCGUGUGGAACAACGACGUCCAGUCAACCCGUCUGCUGCUGGAAGCCGAGGCAAUGGUCAACCAAGACCCUGUUAACUGUCUCCAGGUGGCACUGCGGCUGGGCAACUAUGAGCUUAUAAACACUCUUCUGAGGUACGGCGCCAACGCAAACUACUACACCCGCAACAGCACAACACACUUCCCACCAGCACUGCAGUACGUGCUGAAAGAUGAGGUCAUGCUGAGGAUGCUCCUAAACCACGGCUACGACGUGCAGCGCUGCUUUGAGUGUCCAUACGGAGACAGUUCCCAUGACUACGCACCCUGGACGACUUCGCUCACCAAAGACAUGGUGUUCUGUGAGGUGAUAACUGUCAAGUGGUUGAAAAAUUACUCGGCCCAGGUGGUCCGCAUCAUGCUGGACUACGCAGACCACGUCACACUCUGCGUCAAAUUGAAGGAAUGCCUGAAAACGCAGAAACAGUGGCCUGAUAUAUGCCAUAUCCAAGAGAACGUGCGCAGCCUCCAGCACCUGUGUCGACUCCGUAUCCGGGACAACUUGAAACGCCUGCGCCUGCGAUCCCCAGUGUUCAUCAGCUAUUUGCCUCUACCCCCCCGGCUCAAGGACUACCUCCGUUACAGGGAGUAUGAUGUUUACAGCAGGGGCAGCCCUGACUGA